AUGAACCUUACUUAUAUUUAUCUUAGCGCACCCGCUCUUUACCAGAAAUAUCCUACAGCUAUUGAUGAGUGGACACUGAGCGAAGCUAUGGCCGCUGAUACAUCACCAGGUGGCGGUUUGUCGCAACUGGAAACGCAUUAUCAAACGUUCAUUACCGAACAAGAUUUUGCCGAAAUUGCUGGAGCAGGACUGAACUUCGUUCGUAUUCCCCUGCCAUACUGGGCGAUCGAGGUACGAUCAGGCGAACCGUUCCUCCCCAAGACCUCGUGGACAUAUUUCUUAAAGGCCAUUCAGUGGGCUCGUAAGUAUGGUCUUCGCAUUAACCUCGACUUCCAUGCCCUUCCUGGAAGCCAGAAUGGGUGGAAUCACUCCGGCAAGUUCGGGUCAAUAAACGUUCUCUACGGCCCAAUGGGUAUCGCAAAUGCCCAGCGAUCACUAGAUUAUAUUCGGAUCCUCGCCGAGUUCAUAUCUCAGCCUGAGUACCAGGAUGUUGUUAUCAUUUUCGGCAUUACAAACGAGCCCCAAGGAACCCCGAUCGGCCAGGAUGCUCUCUCUCGGUACUAUAUGCAGGCAUACGAUAACGUCCGCGAGGCUUCGGGCAUUGGGGCAGGCAAUGGUCCCUUCAUUUCCUAUCACGACGGAUUCCUCGGUCUUCCUCAAUGGGCCGGCUGGCUCCCGAAUGCAGAUCGCAUUGCUCUCGAUGACCAUCCUUAUAUCUGCUUUGACGGCCAGUCUUCUGCCCCUAUGUCAUCUUACGCUCAGACUCCAUGCACUACCUGGGGUGGCAUGAUGAACACCUCCAUGAACGCAUUCGGGUUCACAGCUGCCGGAGAAUUCAGUAAUGCUGUUACUGACUGCGGUCUUUAUCUGAACGGUGUGGGACUUGGAACACGUUAUGAGGGUACAUAUACUCCAGGAACCUGGCCUGUCAUAGGGAGCUGCACGCCAUGGACGGACUGGCAGGGUUGGAACUCGACCAUGAAAUCAAGCAUUGAGCAAUUCGCCUUGGCCAGCAUGGAUGCUUUGCAGAACUGGUUCUUCUGGACAUGGAAAAUCGGAAACUCUUCUACUUCUGGUGUCGUUGAGUCACCGCAAUGGUCGUACCAGCUUGGUCUGCAGAAUGGGUGGAUGCCUGCAGACCCUCGCGUUGCAUCAGGAACCUGCGCAAAUCAAGGUAUAUGGAGUCCUCCUCUCCAAGCAUGGCAAACGGGGGGUGCAGGUGCAGGCCAGAUUGCUGCAGCCGUUACUUCAUCGUACACCUGGCCGCCUGCUCAGAUCAGUAAUGCCGGUGCUGUCUCCUUGUUGCCUUCCUAUACCCCCACGGGAACUGUGGCAACCCUUCCCCCUCCUACAUUCACGUACUCUUCUGGUCAUGCUGUCAAAACUGCCAGUGCUGGGGAUGGCUGGGAGAAUCCCUCCGACACUGCAAGUGGAAUGGUUGGUAUUGCAUCGUGCAGCUAUCUCAAUCCAUGGAUUGGGACCGCCGCACCACCUUCACCCCUUUGUAGCAGUGGAGCUGCCGCUCGAGCGGUUCCUGCUCCACUCAUCACCCCCAUCGCUCGUCAUCAAUCAUAA